CUCUAAUUUCUGAGUGAGAGAGGGAGAGAGGGUCUCAUUCUUUCUUUCCGCUCAUAAAUUCUCUCUUUGUUGUAAAAUAGUGAUUAUAAAUUCCUGAUUUCAUUACCCAAUUCUGUCUCUCUUUCCUUUCUUUCUUCUUCUUCUUCCUCAACAAAUUUCCCCUCUGCAACAUUUUCAUUAGAGUUUUCCUUUCUCCAUACUGAAAGUUAGGGUUUCCUAUCGCUCCUCUCCUCGUCCCAUCACUUUGACAAUAACUAGGAACCGGCAUUCAUUUUUACCCCUGUGGAAAGAAUUCUCCCCAGCUUCCAAGGUCGAGGUGAAUUGGAGCUCUUUGCAUCAGAAUCCGAUUAGGGAUUAGAUUUUCUUUUUUGGUGUUCCUCCUUUUCUUUUUGAGACACUAGCUGCAACCUGAACAGUGGACGAUGGAAGGUUGAUUUCCCCCCUUCCCAUACAGCUAUUUCCAUUCUAUUUUCGUUUCUUACUUUGGUUUCAAAAGCCUUCGUUGAAGAGAUGUCUGGUUAUGCGAUUGCAAUGAAUGGGAAUUGGGGAGGGGGUGUUGAUUGAACAAGGGUCGUUGAUUUGAAAGGAAGGGCAAGGAAGGAAGCCUUUGUUGUUUCUGUGGGAGUUGUGAGGAUGACAGACUUUCAACCUGUACAGCAAAAGCCUGAGUCCACCACCACAAAUGAUACUCGUGCAGAAUUUGAAAGGGGAUGGGAGGACUUGAUGCGAGGGCCCUUAGAUGAUUGUAUGUCAUUUGCCUCCUGCAGCUCUCCUCGUACUCCGGAUGAUGAGGAUGACGAGGGGGAUCAGCUUGUUCGCAGGAGACGGAGGUCUGACCUUGAAGGGGAUGAUUUGGCCGAGUCUUCAGCUGCCAGGAGACGCCAUUCCCGCAUUCUCAGCAGGUGGGCUGCCCGGCAGGCUCAGGAGAUGAUGAUCACCACUAUUGAGAGGAGGAAUCGUGAGUCGGAGUUGAUGGCGCUUGCAGGUCUCCAUACAGUCUCAAUGCUUGAUUCCUCGUUUUUAAGGGAGCCACAAUCACCCUCACCGCCCACUUCCAGAAGGCAGGGCGGGACAGCUGAACGACCAAGCACUCGGGCGUCAGCAAUUUUGCAAAUGUGGCGGGAGUUGGAGGAUGAGCAUGUUUUGAACAGGGCCCGUGAAAGGUUGAGGCAGCAAAGGAGUGUGGAUUCUACUACCACAAAUGAUGCUUCAACUACAAACAUGUCCGAGGCUCGAGGAGAAAGUGAGAAUCAGGGAAGUGUGGGUGAGAGUGACACUGAGUUUGGACCUUGGUCGCCUGAGCAAGUGGUUUCCCGGACUGAGCGUGGCGAAGAUAAUAAUGCUGGCUCGAGUCGGGAGCAUUCUCCUGAUCUUGGAGAAGUUGAGAGGGAGAGGGUGAGGCAGAUUGUUCGUGGAUGGAUGGACAGCGGUAUGAGUGAUCGUACAUCCAAUCUAUCCCAACGAAAUGGCGGCGGUACUAGAGGAGAAUGGCUUGGUGAAACGGAACGUGAAAGGGUGAGAAUUGUGAGGGAGUGGGUGCAAAUGACUAGCCAGCAGCAACGAGGAUCUCGAGGGGCACGAAGGGAUGAUCAAGCUAGUGGACGUGGUGGUGCUCAAGUUACUACUAGAAACCGGGAAAGGUCAGUUGAUGAAGGGCAACCAGAACAUAUUCGUCGGGACGUACUUAGGCUGCGUGGCAGACAAGCUGUUAUUGAUUUGCUUAUGAGGAUUGAGAGGGAAAGGCAGCGGGAGCUUCAGGGAUUGUUGGAACAUAGAGCUGUUUCUGAAUUUGCUCACCGCAAUCGCAUUCAGUCAUUAUUGAGGGGUAGAUUCCUCCGAAAUGAAACAACUGUUGAAGACGAAAGACCACCUUCAGUGGCUUCAAGUGAAUUAGUUCAAUUAAGACAGCGGCACACCGUUUCCGGUAUAAGGGAAGGAUUUCGUUCAAGAUUGGAAAAUAUUGUCCUGGGUCAAGUAAGCAGCCAAUCUGAUAAUCCUAGUGAUAUUAACAAUGAUCGGACUGAAACAGAUACUUCACUGGAUGUUCAGCAUGAGGAUAAUGUUCAAUCCGAACCUAGGACGCAAGAAGAUGAUGCCCGUCCAUUACCUGAUCAGACCGAUGCCUCAGAAAGUAAUGCAGGCACUGAUAACAUGAAUUGGCAGGAAAAUGUUAAUCAAGCUAGGGGUUGGCAGGAGGAAAUUACAGAUAGUGGGGGAGGAAACUGGCAACAGACAGAUUAUGGUCCUUUCAAUGAAUGGAGAGAUGACAAUGCUGAACCUGUGGAUCAGAAUUGGCAGCAGAAUAACGUUGAAUCUUGGCCCCAGGAAACACCUGGUAAUGUACAUAAUGAACCAGGUCGUCCACAGGAAGCCCAGGGAGCUUGGCAUGAAGAUGGCUCUCGGGAGGCUGUUGAAACGUGGAUGGAGGGUCCUUCUGAUCCACCAAGAGCUCGUCGUUCUGUUCCAUUGAGAAGGUUGAAUAGAUUUCACCCUCCAGAUGAUGAAAAUGUUUAUAGUAUGGAGCUUAGGGAAUUAUUGAGCAGGCGAAGUGUAUCUAAUCUGCUUCGGAGUGGGUUCCGUGAAAGUCUGGAUCAAUUAAUACAUUCAUACGUGGAAAGACAAGGCCGUGCUCCCAUUGACUGGGAUGUUCACAGAAACUUGCCAAUACAAACUUCUGCUUCACCGGGGCAGGAUGAAGAGCAGCAGAGGGAUGAACAUCGUGAGGAUCAGCGUGAGGCAAUAAACAGACCUUCACUGGUACUUCCGUCCCCACCAGUGCCUCCACCCCAGCCUCUUUGGCACCAGGAUUUACAUCACACUGGCUGGUCCCGUCAUAGCAUGCAUCGAUCUGAGCUUGAAUGGGAAAUGAUGAAUGAUUUGAGAGCAGAUAUGGCGAGGCUUCAGCAAGGAAUGAGUAACAUGCAGAGAAUGGUGGAAGCUUGCAUGGAUAUGCAGCUAGAGUUGCAGCGCUCUGUUAGACAGGAAGUUUCUGCCGCUCUGAAUCGAUCAUCUGGGGAAAAAGGUUUUGGAAUGGCUGCAGAGACAUCCGAGGACGGGUCUAAAUGGGGUCAUGUGAAGAAGGGGACAUGCUGCGUGUGUUGUGAUAGCCACAUAGAUUCUUUGUUGUACAGAUGUGGGCACAUGUGCACGUGCUCGAAGUGUGCCAACGAACUGGUUCGGGGCGGUGGUAAGUGCCCACUGUGUCGAGCACCGAUCGUUGAAGUCAUCAGAGCAUACUCCAUACUAUAAUUAUUAUGUAUAAAAGGAAACAUUGAAGGUAAGCAAACCGAUGAAGUUAGAAUUCUUGGCAUAGGUGAGAUGUAUAGAUGUUUAUGGAGCCACUGGUGUCAGUCAGACUUCCUUUGAAGAAUAGGAAAGGCUUCUCAUCCACACUGUGGCUCCCUCCCUGUGUCUCUUUUUGUUGGGAAAGAGUUGUUUCCUCCUUUUUGGCCAUGCAGUUGAUCAUUCAGCUGCUGUUUAUAUGUGGGGAUGGCUCUUCCUAUUCCGUUGUAUAAUUCUGGGAGUUUAAUAUGCUGAACACUAAUUGGACCUCAUUUCUUCAUUCGUGCGUAAAUAAAAGAACUGUUCUUGUUAUGAUGAUUUAUAGUCUUGUC